UGUCCUUCCCUGUGCCUCUCAGGAACGUCUACAGGCGGAACGGCACACAGUUCUGCCUGCAUGUCUUUGACAAUAUUUUUCACGAUUCUCCUCUCCCCCCUUCCGAAUGCAGAUUAACAGGUAUGCCAAAGGAAAAAUAUGAUCCCCCAGAUCCACGGCGAAUAUACACCAUCAUGUCGGCUGAGGAAGCGGCCAAUGGGAAGAAGUCACAUUGGGCAGAAUUGGAAAUAUCUGGGAGGGUGCGUAACCUGAGCAGCUCACUAUGGACGCUUAGCCACCUGACGGCACUGCACAUCAACAACAACAACCUGAGUCGCAUCCCGCCCGACAUUGCCAAACUCCCCAACCUGGUCUACCUGAACCUGUCGUCCAACAAGCUCCGCAGCCUGCCCGCAGAACUCGGCAACAUGGUUUCUCUCAGGGAAUUGCUUUUAAACAACAAUUGUUUACGAGUUUUGCCUUAUGAACUUGGGCGGUUGUUUCGCUUACAAACCCUGGGUCUGAAAGGUAACCCCUUAUCCCAAGACAUCCUUAACCUGUAUCAGGAGCCAGAUGGAACGAGAAAGCUUUUGAACUACAUGCUUGACAAUCUAGCAGUCCAUCCAGAACAGCUUCCUCAAAGACCGUGGGUCACUUUGAAAGAGCGAGAUCCGUUGGCUUCCUCAGCUGUGUUCACUGUCAUGAGCUACAACGUCCUGUGCGACAAGUACGCCACCCGGCAGCUGUAUGGCUACUGCCCCUCCUGGGCUCUGAACUGGGAGUACCGCAAGAAAGGCAUCAUGGAGGACAUCACCAACUGCGAUGCUGACAUUAUCAGUCUACAGGAAGUGGAAACGGAACAAUACUACACCCUCUUUCUGGAAACACUAAAGGACCGUGGAUAUGACGGGUACUUCUGUCCAAAGUCUCGUGCCAAACUGGUGUCAGAACAGGAGCGCAAACAUGUGGAUGGCUGUGCUGUGUUCUUCAAAACUGAGAAGUUUUCCCUGGUGCAGAAACACACAGUUGAGUUUAAUCAGGUUGCCAUGGCAAACUCGGAGGGCUCAGAGGUCAUGCUGAACCGUGUCAUGACCAAAGAUAACAUUGGGGUCGCCGUUCUGCUGGAGGUCAAAAAUGAGCUCUUCUCUGGUGGUCUGAAGUCCUCACCGGACAAACAGCUCCUCCUGGUGGCCAAUGCUCACAUGCACUGGGACCCAGAGUUCUCUGACGUGAAGCUGAUCCAGACCAUGAUGUUCCUGUCAGAGCUGAAGAGCAUCGCUGAGAGGGCCUCGUCCUCCGUGGGAUCGGGCUCCCCGGACUUAGACCCUGCCUCCAUCCCCAUCGUCCUGUGUGCUGACCUCAACUCCCUGCCAGACUCCGGUGUGGUGGAGUAUUUGAGCAGCGGGGGAGUAGCGGAGAACCACAAGGACUUCAAGGAGCUUCGCUACAACGAGUGUCUGACCAACUUCAGCUGCAACGGCAAGAGCGGCAAGUCGGACGGCAGCAUCACACACAACUUCCAGCUCAAGAGCGCCUAUGAGGGCAGCCUGAUGCCUUUCACAAACUAUACCUACGACUUCAAGGGUGUGAUUGACUACAUCUUCUUCACCAAGACCCACAUGAGUGUGCUGGGCCUGCUGGGCCCACUGGAGACCCAGUGGCUGGUGGACAACAACAUCACGGGCUGCCCGCACCCCCACAUCCCCUCCGACCACUUCUCCCUGCUGGCCCAGCUGGAGUUACACCCACCCCUGCCCCCCCUCAACGGCCUACACCUGCCCGUCCACAGCAGCACUGCCUGUGACUCUCAGAAGCUCAAAGACUAGGCCUCCUCCAGCUGCAGAGCAGAGUCUUCCACCACCUCCUCCUCCUCCUCCUCUUCCUCCUCCUCCCCCCCCCAUCUGUGUGUCGUCUUGUCUGCCCAGCACCAGCAGCGAGCUGUCGGGCUGAGCUCAGGUCUCCCUCGAUGGAGGGAGCCGGUCCAGUCCGAUAGGAACCUCCACUGCCAGCCUCAGUCUAUGGGGUCGUACCGCAGUUACGCAUUCGUCGAAAGCUAGCACCACCACCGCUGCCAUUUGCUGCCGUAACCCUCCCAAGCGCCAGCUUUCACACGCCCCCCCACCCAAACCCCCAAUCACAUCCCAUCCCAUCGCAAGCUUCACCAAUGACAUUGCUCUGCACGCUGACCGGACUGAAAUGUCUCAUUUUUCAUUCUUUUUUCAGACAGUGGUGAAGAGUUAAAGAUCAGCUCGCAAUGACUGCAAUCAGUCUGUCAGGCUUUAUCCCAGCAGCAUGCCUGUUGAAGGAUAAAUAGUUAUGUUGUUUGAUGGUUUUUAAAAAUCCAGACUUUGUUGAUUUUGGCUCCUUUUUUGUACCUUUACGUGUGGAUCUCCUUGGGGCAAAGACCUUAUGUCAUUAGUGCACGUGUUGAGUUUUUGUUCACCCGUUAUGACUGAUCAUGUCAGUCAGUCAGCACCCCCCUCGGCGUUACGUGGUGAAUUGCAUUGAAAUGAGUUGCAAAGUCAGUUUGGGAGAAGUAAAGUUAUGCCUCUGAUGUGUUUUUAAAGGUGCUCUAAGCGAUGCCACUAGUUUUUUAGGCUAAAACAUUUUAUGUCACUUACUGCAAACAUCACCUAACCAACCGCUGGUUGUAAAAAAAUGCAAUCUCUGUGGACAGCC